AAAGUGAGCAAUGAGUAAGUGACAUGUCAACAAACCACGACGACUGUAGAAUUUUUUUAAACUAGAGCUUUAUCAAUUGCGAGAUAAAUAGUUAGAAUGUAUAUUUGGUCAUUGGUGUUGUUUCUGCUUUUGGUCACUUCUAAGUUAUCAUCCGCCGAUGAGCAUAAUCACAUCUAUGAAGACCAAGAAGAAGUGGUUCUGUGGAUGAAUACUGUUGGUCCUUAUCACAAUCGACAAGAGACUUAUGCAUACUUCUCUUUGCCGUUCUGUGUUGGCAGCAAACAAAGUAUUUCUCAUUACCAUGAGACAUUAUCAGAAGCACUCGAAGGAAUCGAGUUGGAGUUUAGUGGAUAUGCGAUAGAUUUUAAAGAAGACGUUACACCGAAAACAGAGACAUGUAUGGUGGAAUUAUCAGAAGAGAAGUAUAAAGCAUUUGUUUAUGCUGUGAAGAAUCAUUAUUGGUUCCAAAUGUACAUCGAUGGGUUGCCGAUCUGGGGAGCUGUUGGAAAGGAGCACGAUAAGAAAUUCUAUAUUAACACUCACAAGAAAUUCGACAUUGGAUAUAAUGGAAAACGCAUCAUCGAAGUGAAUCUAACAAACGAGAAUGAACAGCUGUUGCAUGUUGGAGCUCACCUUUCAUUUACUUACGAAGUCAAUUGGCGACCAACAACUGUUGAGUUCAAAGAUCGCUUCGACAAGUAUCUUGACCCAAAUUUCUUUCAACAUCGCAUCCAUUGGUUCAGCAUCUUCAACAGCUUCAUGAUGGUCAUCUUCCUGGUUGGUCUCGUGUCAAUGAUUCUCGUGAGAACUUUAAGAAAAGAUUAUGCGAGAUACAGUAAAGAUGAAGAGAUGGACGACGAACAUGAUUUGGGUGAUGAAUAUGGUUGGAAGAAUAUUCACGGUGACGUCUUUCGUUCAUCUUCGAAUCCUAUUUUAUUCACAUCUGUGAUUGGCUGUGGAUAUCAACUUACCAGUGUCGUGUUAUGUGUGACAAGCUUUGCAAUUAUUGGAGAUCUUUAUACGGAACGUGGAUCUCUUCUGUCAACUGCCAUCUUCGUUUAUGCCGCAACAUCGCCUAUCAAUGGAUAUUUUGGUGGUUCUCUUUACUCUCGAAUGGGAGGCAGAAUUUGGAUUCGUCAAAUGCUUUUGUCAGCUUUUCUCAUUCCAAGUUUCGUAUGUGGCACUGCGUUCCUCAUUAAUUUCAUUGCAAUCUAUUAUCAUGCAUCACGAGCAAUUCCUUUCGGUACAAUGUUGGCUGUGACUUGUAUUUGUCUCUUUGUCAUCCUUCCAUUGACUCUUGUGGGAACAAUUGUAGGACGGAAUUUGAAUGGCCAACCUGAUCAUCCAUGUCGAGUGAAUGCCGUGCCUCGACCAAUACCAGAGAAGAAAUGGUUCAUGGAGCCUCUCGUCAUCACUUUACUUGGUGGAAUUCUUCCAUUUGGUUCUAUCUUCAUUGAGAUGUAUUUCAUUUUCACAUCAUUUUGGGCUUACAAAAUUUAUUACGUGUAUGGCUUCAUGCUGCUGGUAUUUUUGAUUCUCAUCGUUGUCACAAUAUGUGUGACAAUUGUCUGCACAUAUUUCCUUCUCAAUGCAGAAGAUUAUCGAUGGCAAUGGACUUCGUUCCUAUCAGGUGCAUCGACAGCGAUUUACGUCUACAUUUACGCCUUUUAUUAUUUCUUUUUCAAGACUAAAAUGUAUGGAUUGUUCCAGACAGUCUUUUAUUUUGGAUACAUGGCAUUAUUCAGUGGUGCAUUAGGCAUCAUUUGUGGAACUGUAGGAUACGUUGGCACAACAUACUUCGUGAGAAAAAUCUAUUCAAAUGUGAAAAUCGACUAAUUGCCGGUCUCUUUCCUAAUUCUUGUCAUUUUAACCAGAGCUAGAUGUCGGCGUUUGAUUGUAACGAAAUUUCCUGUAACAUAGUUAUAAGCAAAACUAAAUGCAAACAUCAUCAAAGAUUAAAUAAAUUUUUAUUUUUAUUACCAAAAAGAAAAGAAAAAGGUUUACAAAUAUUUUUGAAGUGAUUCACCAACUGUUUUCUCUAACUCGCGGACGCCUUGUUGACAAGCUUCAACAACUUCAUAAUCUUCAUCUUCAAGAAGUUCAGAUAGAAACGGAAUUGUUUCAGGAACGAGAGGCUCAAAAUCUUCUCCGAGUUUCUUCGCCAUUUCAAUGCAAACUUUUACACCGAAAAUUCUCUUAUUGGGAUUUUCAGCUCGUGUCUUCAUCAGUACUUGAUAGUUGAGUUGCUUCCAUAAAAUAUCGUCAGAUGCUGCAACUGCAAGCUGUGCAACGCACUUCUUUACUAAUUCUUGCAAUCCAUCAUUAUUGAAAAGACUUCUAUUAUCAAUUUGAUCGACAAUUGGUUGCAUAAUGACAUCAAACCGUUGAGUGUUGAUGAAAUUCUGAUGAUCAUGAAGGAAAAUGUUAUGCAACGUCUUUAAAAUAAAUUCCAAGAGAUAAAGAUUUUUCUCAUCGUUGUCAUUAAAACAUGCGUCACUUGAAUGACAUUUGUCAAGUAUCGGAGCAGCGCAAUCAAUCAAAUCAGAUGCAAAUAAAAGAAACAAUGAUUUAAGUGAUGCUGAGACAUGAGUUGUGAAUCGGAAGAAAGCUAUCGCACGAUUAUAAUUGUCAGGAUGAUCACGAAGCGCCCAAUUGAAAAUAUUCUCAAACAAUGGACGAAAAGAUCCUUCAGAAAGUUUCAUAACAAGUGCAACAAGAGCUUUAAUGAUGUCAUCUUCAAUGUCGUUAACCUUCUCAAAUUCAAUAUCAUUUUUUCCUUCAACCUCACAACGAAUUUGCAUUGCAUUUAGAAAGAAGUCUGUCAAUUCAGUUUGACUCUUACGUAACUCUUUACUUUCAAUAUUUUGAAACAUUUCAAACAUCAACUCCAUCAAUGGUUUAAUUGAAUCAAAGUGUUGUUUUUCAAUGAUUUUAUGAUAAACUUCAUUGAUGACAGGCACGAGAACACGUAAAGGCACAAGUUGAGCUAUCGACGUCCAAGUUUUUGAAAUUUUUCCAAUUAACAUAUGAAUUUUCCCAUCAGUCAGCAAUUUUAAUCCUGGACUAAGACGAGUUAAUUGCGUGAUAAUUUGAACGAGAUAUGGACUUAAAAACAUUGGAACUGUUUCGAUUAUCUUCAACUGUGCUGAGACAACUGAGUAAAGAAGAAAAAAUGCUGAUGAAUCGUCGUCCUCCAAUGUCAUUAAUUUAAGAAGAUUCGGCAUGAAUUUCCCGAGCUUUCCAAUCGCUUUGACUUUUAACAUUGCCAUUAAAUCAGCAAUACAAAUUACAAGAUUCAUCAUUACUGGUGUUUUGAUCUUCUCAUUAUUAUCCAAAGCACCAGUCAGUUGAUCGAGAAUCUCAAUAAACUCUUCUGGAUGAUCAUCACACAACUUUCUUGCAAGAAGUUUAAUUGAAAUUAAUGUUGAUUGUUGCACAACUUCCAAAGCUGUAUUCGAUUCAUUUCCAAUUGUUUCGCAAAUAUUUUUCAGUGGUUUAAUAAGUUUCAACAUUUUUUCAUCGUUACAUUCGUUAAAGUAAUCAUCUUCAAGCUUUCGAUUCAGAAGUUCAAUGAUUUUCUUUCGAACUAAAAGAAAUUCAUGAAGAAAUAAAUUUCCGACAACAACCAACAACAUAUCAGGUGCAAGAAGUUCAAUCGACGCUUCAAGAAUGUCAAAAGCAUUUUGUAAGAUCGCAUGCCACGAUUUCUCGAAUGAUUUCAUCUUUUGGUGAUUGAUUGCUUUGGAAAUCUCAGGAAUGAGUGUCAACAUGUUGAGGAUGAUCGCUUGAAAUUCUCUUUUCAUUUCAAGCUUCAUUUCGUAGCUUAAUCGUGACACUUUCAAUGAAACUUCAGGUGAUGAUAGAAGAUUCUUUAGGAAUUGAAGAACGAGAUAUUUGAAGUGACGAAGUUGAAAGUCACUGUGCGUCUUAAGAUUGAAAAUGACAUUAACAUCUUCUACAUUUAUCGCUCUUGUGUGAGGUUUAUUCUCGAUGAACAUUGGAAGUUCUUUAAGAUGAACAAUAAGCGAUGUUGAAGCAUCUAAGAUCGUCCGGACAUCAAAUUCUUUCGUGAUAGCUAAAGCAAUUUGAAUUCUUUGUGGAAGUUCAUCAUUUGGCAUUCCUUUCUUAUGAUUAACAACUUGUGAUUCAAUUACAAGUCCAAUGAACACCCACAAGAACUUCUCGACGUUUAAUAUUGUGAGAAGUUUGACAUAAAGCAUCAAACGACGAUGAUCUGGCACUUGAAGAAGAAUCGAAGUGAAAAUUUUUAGAAUGGGAAUAAUUUCAUCGUCUCCAUAUUUCUUAUGAAUCAAAGCUGGAACAACAUUCUCGAUGACUUUCGAAAUGAUCUGAAAGCUGUAGGAAUCUUCAUGUCGCACAAGUGUUGUGCCGACAAAUGUGAAGAUAGUCAUCAUGUCGUUAAGAACUUGAUUUGGUGUCAUCAAAGCUAAAUGUGAAAGAAGCAACAAUGAAUGAUGAUGUGUUUGGGGAUUUUCCGAUUCUUUGAUACAUUUCACAACUAAUUCCGUCCUAAGCAUUUGAUCUCGAACGCCAAGACGUUGAUGGCUCUUUCCAUCUGGUGAAGUCUUCUGACAAAUCAUCAACAAUAACGAAAGAACAAUUUGACGAACAAAUUCAACAUUCAUUUCGAUUGAAGCGCGAGAACAAUUAUCCAAAAUAUUAAAAAGAAUCGGAAUCAAUUCAUGUUCAUUUGACAAUCCUUUCGAUUUAUUUUGUAAGAGCUCCAAUAAUGUCACUCCAAAUUUCCAUUCAUCUGAUUUCAGAGGAUCUCCUUCAUCAAUGCUCACGCCAUCUAGCGGCUUAUUUUUCUUAUUUUUUGCAUGAAUUCGAAGUUCCAAUUGUGGCAUUUUCAUUAAAAUUGUUUUCGUAAUCUUACAAUCAAUUUGAAUAAUGUUGAAAAUUUUAUGUGC